GCCCACACGCGGGGAGGAGGGGUGGCGCAGUUGAUCAGCGAGCGGGCACGGCACGGGUACCGCACGCGCCCUCACGGCCUCUCGCCGUCACGCCCGCCGAACCAACGACUCGCCGCCGCCAUGGCCACCCGCCGACGCGCCGCGGGGGCGGCGGCGGCGCCGCAGCCGCCGGCGUGGACCCCGGAGCCGUGGAGCGACGGCGAGACGUCCGCCCUGCUCGACGCGUGGGGGCCGCGCCACAUCCGCGCCGCCGGUGGGGCCCUCCGCCCCGGCGACUGGCGGGCCUGCGCGGCCGCCGUCACCGCCCGCCGCGCCGCCGCUGGACGCGCGCCGCGCACCAUCGACCAGUGCAAGAAUCGUAUGGAUUACCUCAAGAAGCGCCUCAAGGCCGAGCGCUCCAGGUCCACGGGCGGCCGGGCCCCGCCGCCGCCGCUGCAGACCCCGGUCGACCGCCUCCGCGCGCUCCUGCGGCUCGCUCCCUCCGUUUCGUCCGGAUUCACUCCCCGCGGCGGCGCCAUACCCAAGGUUGAAGAGGAGGAGGAGGAUGAGGAGACCUGCGCGGCUCCUCUGCCCCGUGCCUGGCCGUCGGUGCCGAAGCGGCCGAGGACGGCGGUAGCGUUCUUACCGGUGAGCUCCUCCGCUGGGCAUCAUCACGGGGAUGGAGGGACGCCGUGCACGGAGGUGGCCGCAGCUCUGGAUAGGCUCGCAGGAACAUACGAGCGGGUGGAGUCGGCGAAGCAGAAGGAGGCGACACGGCUGGAGGAGCGGCGCCUGGAGGCCAUGCGCGAUCUCGAGAUCGAGCGCAUGCGGAUUCUCGUCGACGUCGCCAUCUCCGCCUCCGCCGUUGCCGCCGACGCCGCCACUGCCACGGCGGCGUCCUCUAGUUGAGGAACUAGGACAGUAGACUGGCCAUGGUAGCCAUCCAGAUUCCAGUCUACUUUAAGAGACAAUUGCGGUGUGGAGAAGGCAAUUGACAUGAUGGCCCUGCCAAAAAGUUACAUUGGUUUAGGAUUACAGGAAAAGGUUAGCCAGAUAUAGGACAGUACAUGGUGAGAUUUAUAUUUUUUUAGUUCGCUGAUAGCAAGUUUGCAGCAAUGUAAGAUGAGACUUGAUUUCCUUAACAUAUCAUCUGUUUUGGGAUCACUAUAUGGUAGAUAUUGCUGUAAUCCUCUCUUGUUUCCAGCUGCCUAGCUAUUUAGCUCAGUUUCGAAACAUUUCUAGUACAUAUGACACUUUCUUAGAGAUACGAUUGGUUAUCAUUCUG